UGACCUAUGAUGAUGUGCACAUCAACUUCACUCAGGAAGAGUGGACUUUUCUGAAUCCUUCCCAGAAAAGUCUCUACAAAGAAGUGAUGUGGGAGACCUACUGGAACCUCACUGCCAUAGGCUACAGUUGGGAAGGCCAUAAUAUUCAACAACAUUGUGAAAGUUCUAGAAGACAAAGAAGGCAUCUUCAACUGCAUGAAAAAAUCCAUACUGUAGAGAAACCAUAUGAAAGUAUUCUAUAUGGUGAAGUUUUUGUAUGUCACAGUUGUCUCCAAUUCCAUAAAAGAACACAUACUGGAGAGGGAAACCAUGAAUGUAAUCAAUGUGGAAAAGCUUUUACACGUCAUGGCCAGCUUCAAAGACAUAAAAGAAUACAUACAAGAGAGAGAGCCUACAACUGUAAUCAAUGUGGUAAAGCCUUUUCACAACACAGUCAUUUCCGAGUACAUCAAAGAACACAUACUGGAGAGAAACCCUAUGAAUGUAAUCAAUGUGGUAAAGCCUUUUCACAGCACUGGAGUCUCAUAAGUCACAAAAGAACACAUACUGGAGAGAGGCCCUAUGUAUGUAAUGCAUGUGGUAAAGCAUUUUCAUAUGACAGUAGUCUACAAAUACAUCAAAGAACACAUACUGGAGAGAAACCCUAUGAAUGUAAUCUAUGUGGUAAAGCCUUUACACAUGUCAGUAGUCUUCAAUAUCAUAAAAGAACACAUACUGGAGAGAAACCCUAUGAAUGUAAUCAAUGUGGUAAAGCUUUUGCACGACGCUGUAAACUCCAAAUACAUAACAGAACACAUACUGGAGAGAAACCCUAUGAAUGUAAUCGAUGUGGUAAAGCUUUUGCAAGUCAUGGUGCUCUUAAAAGACAUAAAAGAACACAUACUGGAGAGAAACCCUAUGGAUGUACUCAAUGUGGUAAAGCAUUUUCAGAACACUCUAAACUCCAAAUACAUAAAAGAAUACAUACUGGAGAGAAACCCUAUGAAUGUAAUCAAUGUCGUAAAGCCUUUUCACAUCACAGUACUCUCUUUCGCCAUAAAAGAACACAUACUUGAGAGAGA